UAUUGAUCCCAUCAGGUGGUUAUGAAAAGUUCAUCUUUUUGCGGAAGGAGUGUCGCUUCUCUCCCAAAAGUGUUCUAAGAACGGCGAAUGACGUAGGCAAGAUGAACUACGGACUGUUCGUGUUCUUAGGAGGGUCUGGUCUUUGUCAAAGGCUCUAUUAUUUUCCCUCACUCUGAUUUGACUCACCGCAACAUCCAGCUAGCCAACAUUCAGCUCAAAUCAGUUCCAUUUGGUCAGACCUCAUUGAAGGAAGUGGAUCGGGAUUUCUCACACUUUCAAGCGCUUUUUCCAUCUUGCCACGUACUACCAAAGGCUGAUUCACCCACGUACCUUCCAUACAAUAAGAGUUCCAUUCAAAGGCCAUGGACGCUUGCUUCAAAGCAUUUGACAAGGACGAGGACUUAUCUCUCAACAUCAAUGAAUUCACGGAACUCCUCAAGUCAUUGUUUCGCAAUGAAAAAGGCAAGCCGUAUCCGAUUGAUGCCUACAUGUGUAAUGAGCUAUUCAUGAUUUUCAACCAAUCUGGGGAUGGAUCCAUGAGUAAAGCCGAGUUCGCCUACUGCUGGAACAAUUGGGUCAAAAAGAUCGUGAGGCCCGUCUCUGCCUUCAUCGUUGUGGACGUCCAGAAUGAUUUCAUUUCUGGAAGCUUGUCAAUCUCCAAAUGCUCAGCUGGGCAUAACGGCGAGGAGGUUGUUCCAGCCAUAAACAAACUCGUGGAGACUGUUCCGUUCAACGUGUACGCUUACAGUCUAGAUUGGCACCCAGCAGAUCAUCUUUCGUUUGUGGAUAAUGUGCAUUUGAGAAAAUUCCACGCCUCAAGCAAGAUCCAAGAUCCAUCCAGGGUUAAGGAAAUGGAUACCGUGGUCUUUGAAGGUCCUCCAAUGACUGAACAACGCUUAUGGCCUCGCCAUUGUGUUCAAAACAGUUGGGGAGCAGAAUUUCACAAGGAUCUCAAGGUUCCCAAGGGUAGUAUCUUUGUGUACAAGGGCUUGGACAGUUUUGUAGAAUCCUACUCAACAUUUUACGACAAUUUAAAGCAACACGAAACUAAGCUCAAGAGUGAGCUCUUCAAGCGGGAAGUCAUGGACGUGUACGUGUGUGGCUUAGCCACAGACGUUUGCGUGGCCUCCACGGCAUUCCACGCCCAAGAACUUGGAUUCCGGACCAUUUUGAUCGACGAUUGUAGUCGUGGGAUUGAUAUGGAGGCCAUUAACGAAGCCAAGGCCCAGAUCAUUGAGGACCACGGUUUGGUUGUCAAUUCCUCAGAGGUCAAGGCUUUGGUCCAAGGCCGAGAUCGCCGCCUGGAAUUGGGGUACGCCUGGGCAAUCCAAUGUCGAAAGAACAUUCUUUAUCCGCCUAAAAACCGAAACAGCCGAUAUAACCCGGUCAAGGAUGAAAAUGAGACUCAAGGGAGCGAUCCCGCUAGCCAGAGUUUGACCAACUCAAACACAGUUGUGGCCGCCAAUGCUUGAAAAACGAAAAACAACGACACCUUCUCCCUUCGAGAUUCCAGAAAGAAUGUAUGUUCUCUUUUUUAUGUGCUUUACUUCGGUUCCUUUAGAACGAAACGAGUUUUGGAACCUGCAACAAAGUUGUUCGAAGAUUAGAAUAAAGUUUCACCGCUGUCCUGAA